GAUAACGAUAAAAAACGUAUAACUUUUUAAACAUUUUACCUGGAAGUCUUAGAUUUUAAAUUUGGAUAUUGUGUGGGUGYACUCUAAAAAUUACAUUCAACACGAUUAACACACCAAUACGUUCACCCAUUACCUAGAUACUCCACCUUUAUGAUCAUACGGAUAUUAAUAGAAAUCAAUUUAAACAUGAUACACAUUUCAACUGGAUUGAUAAGUUCACUAAUAGUUUUCAUACUGAUAAUGCAAGAAAACGUUUCUCGAAGAAUACCAGAAGGUGCUAUUAAUACAAACAAUGAUUUUGAAUGUCUUACAGACAAUGACUGUUUUGAAAAAAAUAGUUAUUGUGAUAUUAGUUUAAAUUUAUGCUCUCAAUGUAUGAAUUGUAGCAUAUAUUUUAGAACAUCUAAAAAUGGUAUUAUAUGUCCAAAAAAUAUAUCAGAUUGCAGUUCUUGUUUUGAUGGCUAUUUUGAAGAAAUAUUUUUUGGAGGAGAAAUUUAUGAUUUAUGCGUUCCAACAUUUUCAAUGAAUUCUAAUGGUAUAUUACCAACACCGGAAAAAAUUAGUUCAAAUUCAUAUUGGCAAGAUUUUGGAUUUAUUUUUUUAAUACUAAAUAUAUUUUUUAUUUUAUUAAUGUGGACCUAUUUUUAUAAAAGAGUUUGGAAUAUAAAUUCAAAUGGCAUGUCUAUACAAGAUAACAUGGAGAAUCAACCCCCACCUUAUGAAAGUUGCAUGAAAUUGAAUAACUAUGUUACAGAUGACGUCCAAGAGUUUCAUUUGUUUACUGGUGAACAGCCACCAAGAAAUGAAUGGAGACACCAGAAUGCAGUACCAUUUCGUAUACCCGAUGAUUCAUUAGAGAAUAUUAAUUGUAUUGAUGAAACUGAAAAUCUUGAAGAAGUUGACGGUGCUGUUAUUAUGAGGGAAAUUGAAGAACCAGAAUUACAUGAUGAGGAAACAAUGCCAAGUGUAUGGUCUCCCCCACCUCCACUACCUUCAAUAUCAGAGUUAAUGCAUAUAGAGAAUAGUGAUAAUGAUGAACAAACUUGUCAACCUCCAUUGAAACGCAUAAGACUUGUUCAACAAUCAAUUGAUGAAAAAAGUUAUCAAGAUGAAGAUAAUGCUUCGGACAUGUCUCAAGACGAAUAAUUAUAAGUCAACUAUUAGAUGUAUUCACGAGGUUAAAUCUGAAAAUUAGUUUAUAAGUUCAAGUAUGUUAUAAAUUGUAAAAGUAAAUUUAAGUUUCUCAUUUCAAUUAUAG